AACACGUGCAAUCUGGAUCGGCAUUCAAACUGCAAACAACAGAAAUUUUCAACUUCUUUGAAAAUGAGUAAAACCUCAGAAAAAAACCUUCUUCCCCUAGACAUUGUGAGAUUCAGAGAUGAGUCGAAAGCUGUGAUUGAUUUCAUUGCCGACUACUACAAAAACAUCGAGAAAUACCCGGUUCAAAGCAGAGUCGAGCCUGGCUACUUGUCGUCCGUGUUACCCGAUUCAGCUCCGUAUAGCCCUGACUCACUCGAUGAAGUACUCAACGAUGUGAGUGAAAGCAUUUUACCAGGUCUUACUCAUUGGCAAAGUCCUAGUUUCUUUGCCUACUAUCAGGCAAGUUCUAGCACUGCUGGAUUCCUUGGAGAGAUGCUUUGCUCUGCUUUUAAUGUUGUUGGUUUCACCUGGUUUUCGUCUCCGGCUGCUACGGAACUCGAAUCCAUCGUCCUCGAUUGGAUGGGCAAAAUGCUAAGGUUGCCGUCUUCGUUUUUGUUCUCCGGAACAGGUGGUGGUGUCAUUCAUGGCACUACCUGUGAGGCUGUGGUUUGCACUUUGGCUGCUGCUCGAGACAAGGCCUUGAAAGAACUUGGAGGUGAUUGGGAGAAAAUAACCAAGUUCGUGGUUUAUGCAUCGGAUCAAACUCAUUUUACUUUCCAAAAGGCUGCAAAAUUAGUCGGAAUUCCCCCGUCGAAUUUCCGGUUCCUUCAAACAUCUUUCGCCACCAAGUUUGCUAUGUCACCCGAACUACUUCGCUCGGCUAUCGAAGAUGAUAUCCAGUCAGGCUUGGUGCCGUUGUACAUAUGUGCAACGGUUGGGACAACAGCCUGCGGAGCUGUUGAUCCUAUUGCGGAAUUAGGCCAAGUUGCCAAUGAAUACAAGCUUUGGCUUCACAUUGACGCAGCUCACGCGGGAAGUGCUUGCAUUUGCCCCGAGUUCCGGCAUUUCCUUGACGGAGUCGAACUCGCAUCGUCUCUUAGCAUGAAUCCACAUAAAUGGUUUCUCACCAACAUGGAUUGCUGUUGCUUGUGGCUCAAGGAACCGCAUUUCUUAAUCGAUUCAUUGUCUUAUAAUCCAGAAUAUCUAGAAAACAAUCCAACUAAAUCGAACGUUGUGGUGGACUACAAAGAUUGGCAGGUCACUUUGAGCAGACGGUUUCGAGCACUGAAGCUUUGGAUUGUAAUCCGCCGGCAUGGUGUGGAAAAUCUCAUGCACCACAUUCGCUCCGAUGUAGAACUGGCUAAGCAAUUCGAGGCACUCAUAACCGAAGAUGAAAGGUUCGAGAUCGUAGUUCCGAGGAGGAUCGUACUGGUUUUCUUCAGGCUUAAGCCAAAGCAUGGGCUAGACGGCAACGAAUUAAACCGCAAAUUGCUGGACGCCAUAAAUUCUAGUGGUCGAGCUUUCCUAACACAAGGAGUGGUGGCUGGAAUUUACGCCAUUCGAUGUGUUGUCGGAGCAACUCUAACGGAAGAGCGUCAUAUGAAGGAUUUAUGGAGUCUCAUUCUGGAAAAAGCUCGAUUCAUACUGCACCAAUGCAGCCAGUAAGUCUCGAAUCUAUAUUUGAUGUUCCGACGUUCUUCUAUACACAAACGACGAAUCAUAUUAAAAACGAUCAGUGCAUCAAAU